GUGAAUUUUAUUCAACAAGAGAGUAAUGCAGACUGUGAUGGCCUCGAGAAAUGCAGUCGAGAAUUUUUUGGAGAAAAUUGGCCUUGAAAGAUACGGAACAAGAUUUUUAACUCAAGGUUAUGAUAGGAUCAUUGACUUAUGUAUACUCGACGAAGAAGACUUGGAUUCUCUGAGUAUACGAGAACGAGACGAUAGGUUCAAGAUCUUAGACGCCGCUUCUCUCAUAGAUGUCGCAGACUGGCUACAACAUCUUGAUUUAGAUCAUGAAAGUUGUUACAUGGAGAGGUUGAGAGCUGAGGGAAUCAUCACCAUAAGGGAUGUAAAAUCCAGGGAAUGGAGUGACGAGCUCUUAGACUCAUUAGAGAUCAUGAUCCCAGGGCACAGAAAAAGGGUUAAAAGUGCAGCAACCUUCCUCAAGUGGCAUUCAGCAAAGGAACCUGAUACUAGAGUGGUUGUCCUGGGUUACUGGGGACAGCCACCAGGCCUUAAAGACAAUCCACACCCUUUUCUGUGUGUGCAAGGACACCUUAAAUCUGACACUGGAGAAGAUGCCCGCUCAUCAGAGCUGACCGAGUUCAUUGUGGAUUCCGGUAGUGAUGUUGUCACUGCCACCGAGAGCCUCAUUCAGAGUUUACAGUUAGAAUACCUCAGGAACGUCGACAGUAGGGGACCCUACUCGACAGCAAACAAACCUCUUUACAGAGGGAUACUUAAGCUUGGGACAGAAGAGUUUGAAGUCGAGGUUAUACCAGAACAAGUUACGAGUGUUGGGCAUGUUGUUAUGCGGAAAUUUAAGCACCUCAUCGAUGGCAAGUUUCAUUACUGGCUCAAGGACGACAAACCGGACGAGACCCAACCACCCCACGAGGAGCCUGAAUAAAUUUGUGAAUUUUUAAAAAAUUAGUGAACCAAUUCCAUCAUGGGAAUUACGAAUCAAAUGUAUAUGGAUAUUUUUUAGAAGAAUGCAGAUUAAUUUUUAUUUCCAAAUGUAUUUAAGACACAUUUCAAAUAAUGGCAAUUUGUUUGUUAGGUUGUUUGUUUGUUUGUUUGUUUGUUUUUAAACCCUUUCUCUAGGAUCUCAUCAGUAAUUCUUUUUACUGUCUGCCAUACAAUUCCAAUCAUGUUAGUUUGGAGAAUUUGGUAUGGGAUCAAUUAAUGAUCCCCUAAUCGAUAUGUUUCUUUAUUCUCAACACUGGUCUGCUUGAUACUGUUUUGAUAACACGAGGAGAAAUUCUGUCUUGGUCACUUAUGGGAGUUAAAGGGUUAAGGGUACACAUAGAUCUUCCAGGUUUUUGGAGAUCGGUAACAUAAAAUGGAAGAAAAUAUAGAAGAAACUUCAUUGAAUCAGCUGAUAGGCUCGCAUGUAUGUCAGCCAAAAAAAAAGCUUAAUUUGUUUCGUUGGGAUCCUCUUGGAAAAGGUCAGGUGACAAAUGACCAAAGACAAAGAAAUAUUUGAAUUUUGAAAGAGAUGUUAUAUUAAUAUCAUUUAUUAAGAGGGGAUUUAGAGUUCCCUGAUGUAUUUUAUAAAUUGUUUUAUU